UCAGCCGGGCAGGCCGCGUCAGGGCGGGCCCAUCCCGCUCCUCCGGUGCCGCUUCCGCCGCGCCCGGGCCAAUGAGCGCGAGCGGCCCCGCGGGCCAGGCCGAGCGGGGAUAGAGCGGGCACAGCGCCGGGGUUUCUUGUAGUGGCUGGCAGCAGCAUUCUCCACUGGGCACUGUGCCUGUGAGGAAUGGCCAUGGAAGAUCCUGACAGGAAGACUGAAGUGGUACUGCUGGCCUGUGGGUCCUUCAACCCCAUCACUAACAUGCACCUGAGGCUGUUUGAGCUGGCUAAAGACUACUUCCAUGAAACAGGAAAAUACAAAGUAAUCAAAGGCAUCAUUUCACCAGUGGGUGAUGCGUAUAAGAAGAAAGGUCUGAUCAGUGCAAAUCACCGAGUGACAAUGGCAAAACUGGCUACAGAAAACUCAGAUUGGGUGGAAGUUGAUGACUGGGAAAGCUGCCAGAAUGAGUGGUUGGAAACACUGAAGGUUUUAAGGUAUCAUCAUCAAAAGCUUUUAUCUGCUGAUGUCACUAAUAGUCUGCAGGAUGCUGUACCCAUAACAAAGCUGGGACGGAAAAGAAAACAGGAACCAAAUAGGCAUGAGCCCAUUAAAAAGAAAAAUCAGAGUCCGGUUGUAAAAAGUGUCCCACAGGUUAAACUGCUUUGUGGAAGUGACAUGCUGGAAUCUUUUGGGAUCCCCAAUCUCUGGAAGUUGGAGGACAUCACUGAAAUUGUGGAAAAACACGGCCUUGUGUGUAUCAGUAGGGCAGGAAACAAUGCUCAGAAGUUCAUCUAUGAAUCUGAUAUUUUGUGGAGACAUAAGAAUAACAUUCACCUCGUGGAAGAAUGGAUUACAAAUGAUAUUUCCUCCACCAAGAUCCGGAGAGCCCUGCGGAGGGGCCAGAGCAUUCGUUACCUGGUGCCGGACGUGGUUCGGGCGUACAUCGAGAAGAACAGGCUGUACAGCCCGGAGAGCGAGGACAGGAAUGCUGGGGUAGUCCUGGCUCCCUUACAGAAACAUGCCAGUGAGCCCAGGAGCUCUCAGGCACUGAACAACUGACUGACUGACUGACUGCUGUGAAAAAGACUACAUUUCAGUACAGGAAAGUGUGUUUCCUGGGGGUUGGCUGGGGGGUUUUCUGAGGUAUAUGGUGGCCUAAUUCUGUACAUCUGAGUUAGUAAUGAGGUUUGGUGCACUCAGUGAUUGGAGCUACACAACCUUCUUCAAGUCCAGUAAUAAGAUCUUCACAAUUUAAUGUUUUGUCCUGGUGCACUGAAGUGAGUAUAAGAAUUCACAUUGGUACAUGAAAAUUGCAAAUGUAUAAGCGAAACAAAUGCAAAUGUUCUGAUUAGUUUUAACUCAAACUGCUCUGGUACUUAUAAAACAGUAACACAAGUAUUUUUAAUAAUUUACAGUGUCUUAACAAAGUUAUCUGGUUUCAAGAUGUACCAUUUACUCAGUAAAUCUAUGUAAAUUUUUUUUUUAAAUUGUCAACAUGUGGUUCGCCUCAAAAAAAAAAAAAUGUAGCUCUGUCCUGGAAGCGAAGAAUUUCCUGGCUGAGGUGGUGCUGGGUAUAGCACACUUUCAGCUGCUUACCUUUGAGAUAUGCAGCUGCUUGUUUGCUGUCAUGCAGUUUGCUUCCAGAAAUGUCUGGUACUUUCCUUUUCCGUUCAUGUUUCCAGGGCUGUAAUAUUAAGCUCAGUAUUGUUUCUGAUGGAGGGACAAACCUACCUCAGGAACUGGUUUAAAGGCAUUGAUUUUAUAGAUAGAAAUUAAUAAUAGUGUCAUUGCACUGAUUCUCAUACACUUGUCCCUUUAUUACAAAAAAUAUAUUUAUUUCAAAUAAUAAAGGAUCUUUUACUUUUGCGCCAUAAGUAGAAUAUAAUUAUAUAUAGCCAGAAUUGUAUUCUGUUACUAGAGAGAAAAUGGUAGGAUCAAUUAUGAUCAAUACUGAUCAUAAGUGAAAUAUUUUUCUUUGCUAGAAAUCUGGUUUUGAAUCUAACUGUAUUGUCUAUAUAAUGUGAACAUAAACUAGAGAAGCAGUGUGACUGUUGUGGUGGUAGAAUUCCACCUCCCUUUAGUUGCCAUUGUCUCAUUUUUGUUUGGAAUAGGUGCCUUAUUAAGAAUGCCAAGGUUUGCAAGCCACUUUCCCAUGGAUCAACAGCUCUUUCAUGGGAUCUCCACAAGAUCACAGUCACGUUUUUCAGAUCAGCAAGCCCAGCUGAGUGUGAGACUCUCCAGGCAGGCGGCCAAGAUGCUGCUGGGCAAGGCUAGAAGCAGGGACAUGUUCCACAGUCAUGACUGACUGCUGGCUGUGGACCCUUGGUUUUACUGGCGGGAUCCAGGAACCUGCCUGUUACAGCACUGGCAGUAAUUGCACACUGGCCAUCUCCUGUUCCAGUCAGUUACAAACACCAGCACCACAAUCAGUGCUGGGGCUGUUCAAGGAUGUCAGACAGGGAAAACUUUCAGGAGUGGACUCUUGUCAGACCAUGAAGAGAACACGGAGCCCUUUCACCACACGUGUCAUUUAGACAAAGUAUUUUAUCAAUGCUGCAGCAGCAGCAAGACCCACUUGAUCUGCUUCUGUAAUUAGGCUACAUCCCUAAGAGAAUGUGUUAAAUACUCAGUGCUUCACAGCAACUAGGAUGGGAAUGAAAAAAAGUAUUUCCACAAAAAUAAAAUGAGAAAUUUGAAGGGAGAAAGAAAUGAAUCAUCAUAGGAUGGCCAGAGAAAUAGGGAGUUCUUAGCAGCUCUGUAGGCAAUUCUGCAGCUGAGGCUUGAAGCAGUAACCCUGGUGCCCUUUAGAGGUCUUUGUAUGAGGUUUAAGUACUGAUUUACAGAAAGACCACACCCCAGACUAUCUGCAAAAUUUAAAUUAAAGUGUUAAAUCUGCACUUGGACACAGGACUUCCCAAGCACUGACUUCUCUUUGCUUGCCAGAGUCAGUAGUAUUGCAGCAGUGCUUUACUAGCAUAACCUCAGAACAGCAAAUUGUGGGUGAAAUGUUACUAUUUGAGUGGAGAGGAAACAGUCCUUUUCACUUCUCAGUGCCAUUCCUGGUUACAAUAUCCAGCUGCAAACAGGAAAGAAGCUUUGACGUCCUGAGUUCCCACUUGCAUGAUUCUGUGAGUCAUGGAUCAAACUGCCAGCUCCAAAAAUGGAGCUAAACUUUGGGGAAACUUCUCUGCAAAAUAUUAUCCUUCUUAUUCAGCCUAACACUAGUCAGUAAAUAAAUAAAUGUAGUAGGUACAGGUAUAUUUCCUCACCUGUAAAUCCUUUAUUUCCUCACUUACAAAUUCCCUAAGUCCUUUCUCUUCCAAGUCAAGCAUCUUUUAAUUCACUUUUCAAAACAUAUUGCUGGGUCAUCAGGGAUUUCAAUCACUUCUUUGCUGAAGGUGAAGUCCAACACUGAAGCUUAUCUGCUGCAUCAUGUGCUCCACUGCCUUUGUGUUCUGCCAGAACUACACACUGUGUAGCAUCUAAUAAAGCAUCAGUGGGAACA